AUGGCGAACAAGAAGAACAAAGCAAAAAGGUCAAAGGUUAAUUUUGAAGAUCGCAUUGUCCAAUGGAAUGCUGUGCUGCAAGCAGACGAUCUUGUUGUAAUAAUAUUCAAAGAAUUGGCGGAAUUACAAAAGUAUUUGACACAGACGGAAACUAAAAUCAGUGAGAAUUAUUUCCCUUUAUUGGUAAAAGCGUUGGGAUCUGCUUGCUACAGUUCAGAUCACGAAAAUGAAAUUGUGGAAAUUCUAAAAGUAUUGUGUGACAGUCCAUUUUUAACUCAGUAUAUAACGUUAUAUACGACGUCCAUAUACGAAACACUAGACUGGCAGCGGAAUCAAGAGAUGGUCUUGAGCAUCGGUCAAAUUUUAGACGCAAUCUUGUAUCACUUGCCGAAUUUCUCCUCAAAAGUUUACAUUGCUGUGACUGGGCUGACUGUCGUGGUCAAGGAAUUUGAUGUCCAGUCAGACAGGGAUAGGUUGAUGAACCUACUAACUGGCCUCGAACGAAGAGCACAGUUUCAGCAUAAAAGUGGUGAAAGAGUGGACUCCCCUCACAAGACUCUGACUAUAUACACAGACAAUGACGUGCCCCCAGAAGACUUCAUUACCAUUCCAGCCAUUCCAACGGAUUCCGAUUUUUUGCCCAACACAAAACCUUUUGUAAGGAAAGCGAAAGUAAAAGAACCCUACAAAAGUGUUCCGCAUUACUUAGACGUCCAGUUCCGUUUAAUGAGGUUAGAUUUUAUCAUGCCUUUAAAAAAUGGGAUUUCGGAACUCCGAGCAAAAAAAGGUGUGUUUCAAAAGUUUCGCUGUUCGGACAUUAGAAUCUAUUAUAUACUUCACAUUGAACCAACAGAUAUAACCAGUGGCUACUUUCAACUUAAAUUUGACUUACAGAGAUGUAAACGCGUUGACUGGGAGAACACAGACCGUCUCAUGACCGGGUCUCUGAUUUGUUUGUCCACAAAUAGUUUUAACACGUUUGCAGUGGCCACGGUGCGGCAUACAAAAGGGGAAAACUUAAAACAAGGAAUACUUAACAUUCAUUUAAAAGGUGGAUUAGAACAUUUGUUUGAGGCACCAUCUCAUGAGUUAGUCAUGGCGGAGUCUGUCGCGUUUUUCGACCCAUACUUUCAUGUUUUAGAAAGUCUAAAAGCCAUGACUCAGAGCUUUCCUCUACAAAACGUGUUAAUUCUGUGUGAGCCUGUUUUGAAACCUCCAGCCUACCUUCGGCCAGACAGUAGGUUCCCCAGAAUACCCAUAUAUAAUCUAUCAAGCCUGACAUUGCAAGAGUGUGACAUCAAUGUUCAGUUUCUAGUUUACGACAAGUGGCCCGAUGAAUCAAAGAUGUGUCUAAAUGAGUCGCAAAAAAGAGCGGCCAUGUUGGCCCUGACUAAAGAGGUCGCAGUCAUCCAGGGCCCACCCGGCACAGGCAAAACUUACGUUGGUCUCAAAGUGGUGGAGACUUUAUUGAAAAAUAAAAAAGUGGAAUUUAAAACAAGCGGACUUAGCUUUGACAGCCCUAUCCUUGUUGUCUGUUACACCAACCACGCCCUGGAUCAGUUUUUAGAUGGAAUCGUCAAAUUUUGUCCCGAGAGUAUAACAAGAAUAGGCGGUGGCUGCAAGUCUGAAAAGCUGAAAAAAUUUAUCCUGAAAAACCCAUUGCAAAGAUUUGCUACAAAUUCUUUGAAAACAGUUAAUUACAUCAAAAAACGUAUCACCCAGCUUAAUAAUACACUUCAAUUGAUUAACAAAGAUAUUAUGUCUACUGAUGAACUUAAAAGCUUUAUGAUAGAAGAUCAUUGGUGGUUUUUUCAAACAUUCGAAUAUGACUUAAAAACAUGGCUGUUUUCAGCUAAAAAUACCAUUGAAAAGGAUUUAACAAAGUUAGCCCUAGAUCAUUUUAAAAAACUAGUGCCUCUUUGGACAUACACUUCCAGCAAUAUUAAACUUAGAGAAGAUUUGGAUAUUUGUGAGAGGUGUUCACUUUACUAUGAUAAAAUUGAGCAGGUUAGAAAAACCGUUCAAACUAAAUUGCGCCAAGCUCGACUAAACAAACAGUCUGGAGAAGACAAGGAAAUGACGGAAGUACUCACGCUGACCUACUCUGAAAUUCUUCCCGAUGACUUAAUUGAUAAAUUUUGCCCUAAAUCUUUCUCUGAUGAAAUUCAGAAAAAAUGCAUGUCAAAUGUAAACCAUGAACUUCUUGUCGAUAAUAAAGUGAUUCAGUUCUGGUUACUAGGUCAAGAUAGACCAGUCAAUGGACUCAUAAACGAUAUUGAGAUUUUAACAUCCCAACUCCUAGAAGAUCCACUUUACCAACAAGACAUCGAAUUAAAAACCAAAGUCAAGGAGCUGAAAAGUGCACAGCUAGAGCUGUCUCUAACAAAACUGUGUGAUGCGCCAAAAUCAAAAGAUGGUUGGAAAGUUGUGGAUACAUCUUCCAAGUUUCAACACGUGAUGAAAGCAAUGUCCGGCACUGAACCCAUGACAGAUAGGGAAGAGAAAGCAGUUGAAAUGACGGACCUGAACUUACAGGGCAGGUUUAGUUUAUAUCUGUUGUGGAUAAAGAAAUACAGAGAGCAAUUGAACGAAACUAUUGUAACGACAACACAACAAUUAAAGUUUGAAGAGAAAAAAGCUCAAGACCUCAACAAUGAAAUGUCAGUCGCACAUUUAAAACGUAGUCAGAUCAUUGGGAUGACCACAACAGGCGCAGCAAAAUACAAAGACAUUCUAGACAAAGUUGGUUGUAACAUUGUCAUUGUGGAAGAAGCGGCAGAAGUUCUGGAAUCUCACAUCGUCACAGCUCUAAGUAAAAACUGCCAACAUCUGAUCUUAAUAGGAGACCACCAACAGCUUCGUCCUAAACCAGCUACUUAUGAAUUGGAAAAAAGGUUCAAUCUUGAUGUUUCACUAUUUGAAAGACUCAUUCUGAGCCAGAUCCCUCACGUGACUCUCAGAAUACAGCACAGAAUGAGGCCAGAGAUUUCCCAGAUUUUAAACUUGAUUUAUCCAGAGCUUGAAGAUCAUCCAUCCGUUCUUCAAUAUGAGAGCAUCAGAGGCGUCUCUAAGGAUGUUUUCUUUAUCAACCAUCAUUAUCUCGAAGAAGGUAAUUCAGACAGUUUCAGCAAAUCCAACGAACACGAAGCUGAAUACGUGGUGGCUCUCUAUAAAUAUCUUAUCCAACAGGACUACUUGGCCUCACAAAUAACUAUCAUAACAACUUACAAAGGUCAGGUGGCUCUCAUCAGAAGGCAUAUUUCCAUGAAUAAUAUAAGCCCUCCACCUCGAGUCUCAGCUGUUGAUGAUUUUCAAGGAGAAGAAAACGAGAUCAUCCUUCUGUCUCUUGUAAGAAGCAAUGAAGAAAAUAGUGCUGGCUUCGUUACCAUUGAAAACAGAGUCUGUGUGGCUCUGUCCAGGGCCAAAAAGGGUCUUUUUGUCAUUGGAAACUUUCAAUUUCUGGCCUCGAAAAGCAAGCUUUGGAAAAAUGUUAUAGAGAUAGCAGAAAAACAAACAUUUAUAGGUCCUGGUCUACCUGUGCAAUGUAUUCAACAUCCUGAGAAUCGAGACUGCCCUGUGGACACAGUCAAGAAAUACCUUGUCACCAAGAACCAGAAGAUGCCAAAUGCUCCCAAAAAUGUUCAGCUAAAAUGUCUUGUGGACAUGUCUGCCAGGGGAAGUGUCGUUCUUGUGUCACAAAUAAAAAGCACUCAGCAUGCCAAGUUGUUGUGGAUUAUACUUAUGAGCCAUGUGGACAUUUAG